UUGGCUGUGCAACUCAGAAGCGCACGCGAAGGCGCGCCUGCGCCGAUGGGGGAGGGGUCGGUCGGUUGAGCACGAGCCCCGCUAGGUCCCUCCCAUUGACCGAGGCUGCCGCGAAGCGCGCGCGGCGGAGUUGGAUCGCGAGCGCGCGAGCUGCUGCCUGUCGCGGGGGCGCGCGCAAGGGGGAGCUCGAGCGUCUCCCUCACACACAGCGGCGGCAUCGGCGGUUCCUUUGUCCCCCCAGAAGGAGACCCCGGGCUGCCCGCCCGCUCGCUCCCCGGCGGGGAUGGACCCCGCGAGCGGCUCCUCCAGGGACGGGCACGCACUGGAUUAAAAACUGGUAAUCCUGAGACCUCAAUCCCUCCAUCAUCACCACAUGGACUCUGGGCUGUGAGAUAUCAGAGACCUCAAUGUCCACAGGAUACUACUUUGAGCAACUCCAUUGAAGAUGUCCACUCCAGAUCCUCCAAUGGGAGGAACUCCUCGUCCAGGGCCUUCUCCUGGACCCGGCCCAUCACCUGGUGCAAUGUUGGGCCCCAGUCCUGGACCCUCGCCUGGCUCUGCACAUAGUAUGAUGGGACCCAGCCCUGGACCACCUUCAGCAGGACACACUAUACCACCUCAGGGGUCUGGGGGCUAUGCUCAGGACAAUAUGCAUCAGAUGCACAAGCCAAUGGAUUCCAUGCAUGAGAAGGGAAUAUCUGAUGAUCCUCGGUACGGCCAGAUGAAGGGGAUGGGAAUGAGGCCAGGUGGGCACACAGGGAUGGGUCCUCCUCCAAGCCCAAUGGAUCAGCAUUCUCAAGGUUACCCUUCUCCGCUCGGUGGUUCUGAGCAUGCCUCAAGCCCAGUUCCAGCUAACGGUCCAUCCUCUGGCUCUCAAAUGUCGUCUGGUCCUGGAGGAGUCCCGUUAGACGGGACUGACCCACAGGCAUUAGGACAACAGAACCGGGGCCCAACCCCUUUUAACCAGAACCAGCUGCACCAGUUAAGAGCUCAGAUCAUGGCCUAUAAGAUGCUUGCCAGAGGGCAGCCUUUACCUGACCAUCUUCAGAUGGCAGUGCAGGGAAAGAGACCAAUGCCUGGAAUGCAGCAGCAAAUGCCGACGCUACCUCCACCCUCUGUAUCUGGUACAGGACCAGUACAAGGAGCAGGGCCUGGGCCUGGACCAGGACCAGCACCUCCAAAUUACAACAGACCUCAUGGUAUAGGAGGGCCUAAUAUGCCUCCUCCUGGACCCUCAGGAGUUCCCCCAGGAAUGCCUGGGCAGCCCCCUGGUGCACCCCCAAAGCCCUGGCCUGAAGGACCAAUGGCAAAUGCUGCAGCCCCCACUAGCACACCUCAGAAACUGAUUCCUCCUCAGCCAACUGGCCGUCCUUCACCAGCACCCCCGGCGGUACCUCCUGCAGCAUCUCCUGUAAUGCCACCCCAAACUCAGUCACCCGGGCAGCCAGCCCAGCCUGCCCCUAUGGUGCAGCUCCAUCAGAAGCAGAAUCGUAUCACGCCGAUCCAGAAGCCAAGAGGACUUGACCCAGUGGAAAUCCUUCAGGAGAGGGAAUACAGAUUGCAGGCUCGCAUUGCUCACAGAAUCCAAGAACUAGAAAACCUGCCGGGGUCCCUGGCUGGUGACCUGAGAACCAAAGCUACCAUUGAACUUAAAGCACUAAGACUGCUUAACUUCCAGAGACAGCUGCGUCAGGAAGUCGUGGUGUGCAUGAGACGAGACACUGCCCUGGAAACGGCACUGAAUGCCAAGGCAUACAAACGCAGCAAGCGGCAGUCCCUGCGCGAGGCUCGCAUCACAGAGAAACUGGAGAAACAACAGAAGAUUGAGCAAGAACGGAAACGCAGACAAAAGCACCAGGAAUACCUCAAUAGCAUUCUCCAGCAUGCCAAGGAUUUCAAAGAAUACCAUCGAUCCGUCACGGGCAAAAUUCAAAAGCUUACGAAAGCUGUGGCCACUUACCAUGCUAACACUGAGCGUGAGCAGAAGAAAGAGAAUGAGAGGAUCGAGAAAGAGCGAAUGCGCAGGCUGAUGGCUGAGGAUGAAGAAGGGUACCGGAAGCUUAUCGAUCAGAAGAAAGAUAAGCGCUUGGCAUAUCUACUCCAGCAGACAGACGAGUAUGUGGCCAACCUGACUGAACUGGUGCGACAACAUAAGGCUGCACAGGUGGCAAAGGAGAAAAAGAAGAAAAAGAAAAAGAAGAAGGCAGAGAAUGCAGAAGGGCAAACUCCUGCAAUUGGACCGGAUGGCGAACCUCUGGAUGAGACCAGCCAAAUGAGUGAUCUCCCUGUGAAAGUGAUCCACGUGGAAAGUGGUAAAAUCCUUACUGGCACAGAUGCUCCAAAGGCUGGACAGCUGGACACCUGGUUGGAAAUGAACCCAGGAUAUGAAGUAGCUCCCAGAUCUGACAGUGAAGAAAGUGGGUCGGAGGAGGAGGAAGAGGAGGAGGAAGAGGAGCAGCCGCAACCUGCUCAGCCUGCCCUGCCUGUGGAAGAAAAGAAGAAGAUCCCAGAUCCAGACAGUGAUGAUGUGUCAGAAGUCGAUGCCAGGCACAUUAUUGAAAAUGCUAAGCAAGAUGUUGAUGAUGAGUAUGGGGUCUCCCAAGCUCUGGCGAGGGGAUUACAAUCUUACUACGCUGUGGCCCACGCGGUCACUGAACGAGUGGACAAACAGUCCACGCUCAUGGUCAAUGGCGUCCUCAAACAAUACCAGAUUAAAGGCUUGGAGUGGCUCGUCUCUUUGUACAAUAAUAACCUGAAUGGUAUCCUGGCAGAUGAGAUGGGUCUGGGCAAAACGAUCCAGACCAUCGCUUUAAUCACAUACCUCAUGGAGCACAAGCGUAUCAAUGGACCCUUCCUCAUUAUCGUACCUCUCUCAACGUUGUCAAACUGGGCAUAUGAAUUUGAUAAAUGGGCUCCUUCUGUGGUGAAGGUCUCAUACAAGGGCUCUCCAGCAGCAAGACGGGCAUUUGUACCUCAGCUUCGAAGUGGGAAGUUUAAUGUCUUGCUCACAACCUACGAGUACAUCAUCAAAGAUAAGCACAUUCUUGCCAAGAUUCGCUGGAAGUACAUGAUUGUUGAUGAAGGUCACAGAAUGAAGAAUCACCACUGUAAGCUAACCCAAGUCCUCAACACACACUACGUAGCUCCGCGUCGUUUGCUGCUGACAGGAACUCCACUACAGAAUAAGCUGCCAGAGCUGUGGGCUCUACUCAAUUUCCUCCUUCCCACCAUCUUCAAGAGCUGUAGCACAUUUGAGCAGUGGUUUAAUGCUCCAUUUGCCAUGACUGGAGAGAAGGUGGAUUUGAAUGAAGAAGAAACUAUUCUGAUUAUCCGUCGUUUGCACAAAGUGCUGCGUCCCUUCCUGCUAAGACGGUUAAAGAAGGAGGUAGAAGCACAGCUGCCUGAAAAGGUGGAGUAUGUGAUCAAGUGUGACAUGUCGGCACUACAGAGGGUGCUGUACAGACACAUGCAGGCCAAGGGAGUGCUGCUCACCGAUGGCUCGGAGAAGGAUAAAAAGGGCAAAGGUGGUACAAAAACCCUGAUGAACACCAUCAUGCAGCUGAGGAAGAUCUGUAACCAUCCGUACAUGUUUCAACACAUAGAGGAAUCCUUUUCAGAGCACUUAGGUUUCACUGGCGGUAUUGUACAGGGACUAGACCUGUACCGAGCAUCUGGCAAAUUUGAGCUCCUAGACCGGAUUCUUCCCAAACUACGAGCCACCAACCACAAGGUGCUGCUGUUCUGUCAGAUGACCUCGCUCAUGACCAUCAUGGAAGACUACUUUGCAUACCGUGGCUUCAAAUACCUCAGGCUGGAUGGAACCACUAAAGCUGAAGACCGCGGCAUGUUGCUGAAGACCUUCAACGAGCCCGGCUCUGAAUAUUUCAUUUUCCUGCUGAGCACUCGAGCCGGAGGGCUGGGACUGAACUUACAGUCUGCAGAUACUGUGAUUAUUUUUGACAGUGACUGGAAUCCGCACCAGGAUUUGCAGGCCCAGGACCGAGCGCACCGUAUUGGGCAACAGAACGAGGUGCGUGUGCUCCGCCUCUGCACCGUGAACAGCGUGGAGGAGAAGAUCCUGGCUGCAGCCAAGUACAAACUGAAUGUUGAUCAGAAGGUCAUCCAGGCCGGCAUGUUCGACCAGAAAUCCUCCAGCCACGAGCGGAGAGCUUUCCUCCAGGCUAUCCUAGAGCACGAGGAGCAGGAUGAGAACAGAUACAGCACGGGCAGCGGCAGUGGCAGUGCAAGCUUCCCCCACACUGCCUCAACCCUGUGCCUGAACCCUGACUUGGAGGAACCACCUCUAAAGGAAGAAGAUGAAGUUCCUGACGAUGAAACGGUCAACCAGAUGAUUGCCCGUCAUGAAGAGGAAUUUGACCUUUUUAUGCGCAUGGACCUGGACCGCAGGCGGGAGGAAGCACGCAAUCCAAAGCGAAAGCCACGUCUAAUGGAAGAAGACGAGCUGCCAUCCUGGAUUAUUAAGGAUGAUGCUGAAGUGGAGAGACUCACGUGUGAGGAGGAGGAGGAGAAGAUGUUUGGGCGAGGAUCACGUCACCGUAAGGAGGUGGACUACAGUGACUCGCUUACCGAGAAGCAGUGGCUCAAGGUAUACAUGGCUAUAGAGGAGGGCACGCUGGAGGAGAUCGAGGAGGAGGUUCGUCAGAAGAAAUCUUCCCGCAAACGCAAGCGAGAUGUUGAUGUCGGCUCUGCCACCCCGACUACCAGCACCCGCAGCCGGGACAAAGACGAUGAUAGCAAAAAGCAGAAAAAGCGCGGCAGGCCUCCCGCCGAAAAGCUCUCCCCAAACCCCCCCAACCUCACCAAAAAAAUGAAGAAGAUAGUGGAUGCCGUGAUUAAAUACAAGGACAGUAGUAGUGGACGCCAGCUUAGCGAAGUCUUCAUCCAGUUGCCUUCUCGCAAAGAGCUCCCGGAGUACUAUGAGCUCAUUCGCAAGCCAGUGGAUUUCAAAAAAAUAAAGGAACGCAUCCGCAACCACAAGUACCGCAGCCUGAAUGAUCUGGAGAAGGACGUCAUGCUGCUGUGUCAGAACGCACAAACCUUUAAUCUGGAAGGCUCUCUGAUCUACGAAGAUUCGAUAGUGCUGCAAUCCGUCUUCACCAGCGUGAGGCAGAAAAUUGAGAAAGAGGAAGACAGUGAAGGUGAGGAGAGUGAGGAGGAGGAGGAAGGAGAAGAGGAAGGAUCUGAAUCAGAGUCUCGCUCCGUCAAGGUGAAGAUCAAGCUGGGCAGAAAGGAGAAAGCACAAGACCGGCUGAAGGGUCGCAGGCGCACCAGCCGCGGCUCCCGGGCCAAGCCAGUGGUUAGUGAUGACGAUAGUGAAGAGGAGCAGGAGGAGGAUCGCUCAGGAAGUGGCACCGAAGAUGAUUAAGCAACAUUCAUUCCGUGGUCCAGCCCACCAGAGCCGGUCUUUCCAAAGCGGACGCGCUGUAUCCCUUUAGCUCGAACGGGUAGCAACAAAUGUAGUAUCAGACUUCAGUCAACUGUAUAAAACUCUUCCAUAUUUAUACUGCAGAGAAGAUGUAGGACUGUGUGUGUCUUGCCUUGUCCUGACAUCAGUAGCGUUUGUUACAGCAUUAACUGUUCAAGAGAAUUAUGAAUCGGGGAACACUUGAUCUCUAUUUUUUCUUUUUAUGGCAGUACUGUUUCAGUUGCAGUAUUGAAUCACUGUAGUUUUAAACUGUGGAUGCAUGUGUGUAGCAGUCCACUCCUAGUACUGUAUUUUAUUAAAGCGGUCAAACCGCCAGCUGCCCGCCAGUUGACAAGGGUGGCGGCGGUGACUGUGUGUGUCAAUGUCACUGGAUUUCAAACAGUAAUAAAUUAAACAGAACGUUA